AUGGACGAGCUGUUUGACGUCUUUGACGAUAACGGUCAGGCGCCGCCCGCCAACAGACCUACCAGAACCGACAGAAAGCGCCUGAAGCGCCAAGCGAACGGCGAAGUCAAGGAUGAGGCCAAUGGUGAAGAUGCACACGCUUCGUCCACCGAUGGACCUUCUCCAAGCCCCGCAGACGGUGAUCAAGAAAUGACAGAUGGCCACGAGCCGGAUGCGAAACGGAUGCGCACGGAAGAGGAGCCAGAGCCCGUGAUAACAGAUACUUUCGAGACCGAACAAUCGAGAGAGGUUGCGGCAUCUGCCGGUCUCCUUGGAGCUAAAGAGGAAGAGAAGGUGAUUUUGUCGCACCAAGUCCGUCAUCAGGUCGCACUUCCUCCAGAUUACGACUAUGUCCCUAUCUCCGAACACAAGCCUCCGGCAGAGCCAGCGCGAACCUGGAAAUUCGAGCUCGAUCCCUUCCAGCAAGUGUCGAUCGCCUCGAUCGAACGGAAUGAGAGUGUCUUGGUCUCCGCCCAUACCAGCGCGGGAAAGACGGUGGUGGCCGAAUAUGCGAUUGCGCAAUGCCUGAAGAACAAUCAGCGAGUCAUCUACACCAGUCCCAUCAAAGCGUUGAGCAACCAGAAAUACAGAGAGUUUCAGGCUGAUUUUGGCGACGUUGGUCUGAUGACUGGCGAUGUUACGAUCAAUCCUACAGCAACCUGUUUGGUCAUGACCACCGAAAUCUUGCGAUCAAUGCUUUACCGUGGCUCCGAGAUUAUGCGAGAAGUGGGCUGGGUCAUCUUUGACGAAAUUCACUACCUGCGAGACAAAGUUCGAGGUGUUGUCUGGGAAGAGACCAUCAUCCUGCUACCUGACAAAGUGCGCUAUGUAUUCUUGUCGGCUACUAUCCCGAACGCCAUGCAGUUUGCCGAGUGGAUCACCAAGACACAUAACCAACCCUGUCACGUAGUCUAUACCGACUUUAGACCGACUCCCCUGCAGCACUACUUCUUCCCUGCCGGAGCCGACGGCAUUCAUCUGGUUGUGGAUGAGAAGGGUGUGUUCCGCGAAGAGAACUUUCAGAAAGCCAUGAGUACUAUUGCCGACAAACAAGGCGACGACCCUGCUAAUGCCAUGGCCCGUCGCAAGGGGAGGGGCAAGGACAAGCGAACGAAUAAAGGUGGCACGAAGGGGCCGUCCGAUAUUUACAAGAUCGUCCGCAUGAUUAUGACCAAAAACUACAACCCAGUCAUCGUCUUCAGUUUUAGCAAGAGAGACUGCGAAGCAUAUGCGAUUCAGAUGAGCAGUAUGUCCUUUAACGAGGAUUCGGAGAAGGCCAUGGUAUCCAAGGUUUUCGACAGCGCUUUGGAGAUGCUUUCACCUGAAGACAAGAAUCUGCCCCAGAUCCAACAUCUAUUACCACUCUUGAGACGGGGUAUUGGCAUCCACCAUUCUGGAUUGUUGCCGAUCCUGAAGGAGACCAUUGAAAUCCUGUUUCAAGAAGGGUUGAUCAAGGUCUUGUUCGCUACCGAGACGUUCUCAAUUGGGCUGAACAUGCCGGCCAAGACUGUCGUCUUCACCAGCGUGCGCAAGUUUGACGGUAUCUCUCAGCGAUGGAUCACUGGAGGCGAGUUCAUUCAGAUGUCCGGCCGUGCUGGGCGUCGCGGGUUGGACGAGCGAGGAAUCGUCAUCAUGAUGAUCAAUGAACAGAUGGAACCUCAGAUUGCCAAAGACAUUGUCCGGGGUCAACAAGACAACUUGGAUUCUGCCUUCUACCUUGGCUACAACAUGAUCUUGAAUUUGCUUCGAGUUGAAGGCAUCUCUCCCGAAUUUAUGUUGGAGAGGUGCUUCCAUCAGUUCCAGAACACUGCCAGCGUUUCUGGCCUCGAAAAAGAGUUGCAGCAGCUGGAAGCAGAGAAGUCAGCAAUGGUCAUUUCAGACGAGAGCAAUAUUCGUGCCUACUAUGAGCUCCGUAAGCAACUCGACGUCUAUGCGGAAGACAUGCGAAUGGUCAUCGUCCAUCCCAACUACUGCCUGCCCUUCAUGCAGCCUGGGCGUCUUGUCGAGAUCAAGGACGGUGGACAUGACUUCGGCUGGGGGGCGGUUCUCAACUUCAGCAGGAGAAGCCAAGGGAGAUCAACGGAAAAGCUGGCACCUCAGGAGGAAUGGGUGCUUGAUGUUGCCUUGCAAGUGGCUGAUGGCCCCACUCCUGCAACCAAGACUCAUCAAUCCCUCCCACCGGGCAUUCGUCCUCCUCAACCUGGCGAGAAGUCCAAGGUCGAAGUCGUACCUGUCCUGCUCCAAUGCGUCCACAAGAUUUCCCACGUCCGCAUCUAUCCUCCUUCCGAUAUGACAGUGUCUGAAGAGAAGAGGAAGGUGCAGCAGGCAUUGCAGGAAGUUGCAAGGCGCUUUCCCGAUGGCUUGGCUGUACUGGAUCCCAUCGAGAACAUGAAGAUCACGGACAACUCGUUCCGCGAACUCCUUCGCAAGAUCGAAAUCAUGGAGUCCAGACUGGUUGCUAAUCCUUUGCAUCAUUCUCCUCGCCUGGAGGGAUUGUACAAUCAGUAUGCCGACAAGAUGGUUCUCACGACCAAGAUCCGUAACCUCAAGAAGCAAAUCCAGGAUGCCCACGCCAUAACGCAGUUGGAGGAGCUGAAGUGCCGCAAGCGCGUGCUUCGGCGGCUCCAGUUCAUCAAUGAGGACGAGGUGGUGCAGCUCAAAGCUCGUGUCGCUUGUGAGAUCAGCACGGGCGAUGAGUUGAUGCUUAGUGAGCUCUUGUUCAACCGCUUCUUCAAUGACCUGACACCCGAGCAAACCGCUGCCGUCAUGAGUUGUUUCGUGUUUGAAGAAAAGGUCAACGAGAAUCCGGUAUUACCUGAGGAUAUGGCGAGAUGCCUGCGUGAGAUCCAGAAGCAAGCCAGGAACAUUGCCAAAGUCUCAAUUGAGUCGAAGUUGACCAUGAACGAGGAAGAGUAUGUGCAGGGGUUCAAGUGGCAUCUCAUGCCAGUCAUUUAUGCCUGGGCGAAUGGGAAAUCGUUCGGAGACAUCUGCAAAAUGACCGAUGUCUAUGAAGGAAGCUUGAUUCGCACAUUCCGUCGACUUGAGGAAGCGCUCCGUCAAAUGGCCGAAGCUUCGAAAGUCAUGGGAAGCGAAGAACUGGAGAAGAAGUUCGAGGAGGCAUUGAACAAGGUAAGACGAGAUAUCGUGGCAGCUCAGUCACUGUAUCUCUAG